GCGUCGGGCGCAGCAGCAGCAGCCGCGGCGGCCCCGCUCCGCGCCCCCCCAUGCGAGCAGCGGGGGCCGCGCCUGAGCUCCGAGCGCUCCCCCCGUCCCCGCACCGCCCGUAGCGCCCGCACCGCCCCCGACACCCCUCCCCACCCCGGUGCGGGUGCGAACCCCAGCGCCAUGGCGUCCAACGCGGCCGAGAGGGAGAUCCUCUUCACCGACAUCCAGGGGGAUGCCAAAAGUCUUCUGGCCCCUGAGAAUGUGAGCACUAGCCAAAAGUUGGACUUUUCAGAUACGAUGGUACAGCAGAAGCUGGAUGAAGUAAAGGACCAAAUCAAGCGGGAAAUAAGGAAGGAACUUAAAAUCAAGGAGGGAGCGGAGAACCUCAGGAAGGUCACAACGGACAAAAAGAACUUGGCCUACGUGGACAACAUUUUGAAAAAGUCGAAUAAGAAGUUAGAAGAUUUGCACCAUAAGUUACAGGAGUUAAAUGCGCAUAUUGUGGUGACAGAUCCCGAAGAUGUGGCAGAUUGUCCAAGGACUCCGGAUACUCCAAACAGCGAUCCUCGUUUCUCUACUAACAACAGACUGAUGGCCUUAAAGAAGCAAUUGGACAUAGAACUGAAGGUGAAACAGGGAGCAGAAAACAUGAUACAGAUGUACUCAAAUGGCUCCUCAAAGGAUCGAAAACUUCUUGCCACAGCUCAGCAGAUGCUCCAGGACAGCAAGACAAAAAUAGAAGUCAUAAGGAUGCAGAUUCUUCAGGCAGUCCAGACCAAUGAAUUGGCCUUUGAUAACGCAAAACCUGUGAUAAGCCCUCUGGAGCUCCGGAUGGAAGAAUUACGGCACCAUUUUAGGAUAGAAUAUGCUGUAGCAGAAGGUGCAAAGAAUGUGAUGAAAUUACUUGGAUCGGGGAAGGUUACUGACAGAAAGGCACUCUCAGAAGCACAAGCAAGAUUUAAUGAAUCAAGCCAGAAGUUGGACCUCUUGAAGUAUUCACUGGAACAGAGAUUGAAUGAACUUCCUAAAAACCAUCCCAAAAGCAGUGUUAUCAUAGAGGAGCUUUCAUUGGUCUCUUCACCCACAUUAAGUCCUCGUCAGAGUGUAAUAUCUACUCAAAACCAGUACAGUACACUGUCCAAACCAGCAGCUUUAACAGGUACUCUGGAAGUCAGGCUAAUGGGCUGCCAAGACAUCUUGGAAAACGUCCCCGGUCGAUCAAAAGCCACAUCAAUUACGUUACCUGGUUGGAGUCCCAAUGAAGCCAGAUCAACUUUCAUGAGCAGAACCAGUAAAAAUAAAAGUGGGAGCAGUAGAAACCUUCUGAAAACAGAUGACUUGUCCAAUGAAGUCUGUGCUGUGCUGAAGCUGGAUAACACUGUUGUUGGUCAGACUAGCUGGAAACCUAUUUCCAAUCAGUCAUGGGAUCAGAAAUUUACACUGGAACUAGACAGGUCACGUGAAUUGGAAAUCUCAGUUUAUUGGCGUGACUGGAGAUCUCUGUGUGCGGUGAAGUUUCUGAGGCUGGAAGAUUUCUUGGACAACCAGCGGCACGGCAUGUGUCUGUACCUGGAACCCCAAGGCACUCUGUUUGCAGAGGUGACAUUUUUUAAUCCAGUUAUUGAAAGAAGACCAAAACUCCAGAGGCAGAAGAAAAUCUUUUCAAAGCAGCAAGGCAAAACGUUUCUCCGAGCUCCUCAAAUGAAUAUUAAUAUUGCCACUUGGGGAAGGCUGGUAAGAAGAGCUAUUCCGACAGUAAAUCACUCUGGCACCUUCAGCCCUCAAGCGUCAGUGCCUGCUACCGUGCCAGGGGUUGAUGCAAACAUUCCUGAGCUCACACUGCCAGCCAGUGACUCUCCUGUAGCCAAAUUGGACUUUGAACUGGAGCCUGAGCCGCCGCCUGCCCCACCCCGUGCAUCCUCCCUCGGGGAAAUAAGUGAAUCUUCCUCUGAGAUAAAGGCUCCUGAUGUGCCACCUCAGGAUGAAGUAACAACUUUUGAUUUUGAGAAUGGCAGAAAUAGUAUUGUCCCAAAACUCCAGCCUGAAAUAAUCUGUGAGCCCGAUGUUCCCCGCUCAGACAUAAAAUAUACCAACACCCGAGAGCCUGAAGAUAGAAGAUCACAACAAAGAUUUCAGUUCAGCCUGAAGGAUUUCAGAUGUUGCGCUGUCCUGGGCAGAGGACAUUUUGGAAAGGUGCUAUUGGCAGAGUACAAAAAUACAAAUGAGAUGUUUGCCAUUAAAGCCUUAAAGAAAGGAGAUAUCGUUGCUCGUGAUGAAGUAGACAGCUUGAUGUGUGAAAAGCGAAUAUUUGAAACUGUGAAUAGUGUAAGGCAUCCCUUCUUGGUGAACCUUUUUGCUUGUUUCCAAACCAAAGAUCACGUUUGCUUUGUAAUGGAAUAUGCUGCUGGCGGGGACCUGAUGAUGCACAUCCACACCGAUGUCUUCUCUGAACCCAGAGCAGUAUUCUAUGCUGCGUGUGUGGUUCUUGGGCUUCAGUAUUUACACGAACACAAAAUUGUAUAUAGAGAUUUGAAGUUGGAUAACUUAUUGCUGGACACAGAAGGCUUUGUGAAAAUCGCCGACUUUGGUCUUUGCAAAGAAGGAAUGGGAUUUGGAGACAGAACGAGCACAUUCUGUGGCACACCGGAAUUUCUCGCUCCAGAGGUGCUGACGGAAACUUCCUACACAAGAGCCGUGGACUGGUGGGGCCUUGGUGUCCUGAUCUACGAGAUGCUGGUGGGCGAGUCUCCCUUCCCUGGAGAUGAUGAAGAAGAGGUGUUCGACAGUAUUGUCAAUGAUGAAGUAAGAUAUCCACGAUUUCUGUCGACAGAAGCCAUCUCCAUAAUGAGACGGCUGCUGCGCAGAAACCCGGAGCGGCGGCUGGGAGCCGGAGAGAAGGACGCCGAGGAUGUGAAAAAGCAUCACUUCUUCAGGCUCAUAGAUUGGAGCGCUUUGCUGGCCAAGAAGGUGAAGCCUCCUUUCGUCCCCACCAUUCGAGGGCGAGAAGACGUUAGUAAUUUUGAUGAUGAAUUUACCUCGGAAGCCCCCAUCCUCACUCCACCCCGGGAACCAAGGAUACUCUCGGAAGAAGAGCAGGAGAUGUUCAGAGAUUUUGAUUACAUUGCUGACUGGUGUUAACUCCCGGACACUGUGAAACCCCGGCUGACUGGCUCACAGCAAUGCCUCUCGCGGAAGAACACCCACCCUUCCAUCGCUCUCUGUGCCACCUCCAGCUUCUGGGUUUUUAAAUCACAUGAAGAUCCUUCUAAGUACUGUUUAACGCUCUUGUGAAGAGCGGCCUCUCUGUAUAUUGUUUUUUAUCUGAGCACUGGAACGCAGGGCUAUGGAGUCGAUAAGCCGAGUUGGUGAAUCCAGGCGGUGUUAAGCUUCCCCGCCUGGGCACGCACAGAUCCGGAUUGUUCCUCUCACUCCUCCACAGCAGACAUCACUUCUCCAAGCACCUGCCUUAAGUGGGAAAAGCAGACUGGGAGCGAGGCCAGCCCUUGUCCCUGCGCAGCCACGCUGAAAUGGAAGGUUGGGAUACUGAUGGCACACACGGAACGUGGUUCCAGCAGCAGAAGGCAAAGGAUUUCAGUUAGAUAUUGUCUUGUGUGGUCUAUAAAACUACACCUUUCUAUGUACACCUCCAUCUUGUGUUCUUAAAAUAAUGGUAUUGAGAACAGAGAUGCCUUGUUUUAUAAAUUUUCUAUGGUAUUUAUUAGGAAAACUGUUAAACGCCUUUGCCUUUGCGAUAACAGCAGCGUAAGUGCUUCCAUUACACAGACAAAUCCGGACCGUUUACCAAAGCCACUUGCCAAACAGUUUUGCCUUCGAGCUUUUUAAGCAUGGCUUCAAACCCUGGUUGAUAUGAAGAAUGUAACGAGGAUGUCGCUCAGUCUAACCCCAAAGCAUCCGCGUUUCCCAGCCCCUCCGCUCCUGCCUUUCCCACUCCCGAGCACACAGAGCCAAACCUGAUCCGGCGCCCCUGCUCACCCUUUCAGAACAGAGCAGGACCUUCUCACGGGCUGCGAACACGUGGAUCGGCCGCUUGUGAUGGAUCCUGACGCCCAGGCAAGUGAUUUAAUUGUACCACUUUGUUAAUUAACACAGAGGCCAAGUGAAUGACAGCAAUGUGACAGAAACGCACGUGUGUCUGGGUGCAGCCGCUGCCCCCCAGAGCGCGGAUGGGCGCUUCCCGAGGGGAAAAGCAAUACAGAAAACCAGAAUGUAGCGCUAUUUUUGAUAAAAGCAGUGCAUGUUUUCUAACCCCUGAACACUAACACUGUACCUCAAAAGUGGAAAAGACGACCAGACACUGUGCAUACUCGCAAACCAGACCUGGCUUUGGCAGCCGGCGCUCCGUGGGCAAAGUCCUGGAAACAGCUUUCCUAUGUGGUCCUCUGCUCCCGCACCACCGGGGCUGAUUGCGUCUGUCAUCUCACAGGUCCAUCCUGGCCAGGGUUCGCUGUUCAGGGGCCGAGACGGGGAGAGGCAGCACUGAAAUGAGUUAAAACCGUGUGAUUUCAUCCAUUUGGAGAAAGGCAAGUGUGGAGCAGGGCAGAUAACGAAAAUCCUGGUGCUGGGCAGACCUGCAGGAGGAAAAAUGGUUCAGGGGCCUAAUCGAGGCACCCCCGAGCUGGGAUGGAGGCAGGGAGCUGUACCAGCUCUGCAGCUCCCCAGCCGCAGGGCGAGGCAACCUCUCAGCGUCGCUCGUUUCCAGAUUCUGAUCCAGCUGACAGCGAGGCUCUUGAGGUACAGUCGGCUCAGCCCUUCCCAGCUCCCAAACACACCCGUGUGAGCACCCAGCAGGGCGCUCCCCACCUAUGAAAGUCUCAGAAAUACCUUUUUGUAACUACAUCUUGUACAGAAAUCCUUUUUUAAUCUAAGUAAAUCACUAAAAAAAAAAAAAAAGUAGAAAAAAAAAUUAGAGGGCAGGGCCUGCUCCCGCAGUUAAGCUGAGAGAAAGCACUAAUUUUAUCUCUGUAGUUUUUUAAAUAUUUUUAGGCAGAUUAAGAUUUUAAACCCUAGAUUGUAAAUAUAUUUUGCUAUACUUUAUCUGUACGUGGCUGCUCAAGCACUUUGUAAGGAAAUUAGGAUGUUCUAGGAUGGUACACUAUGCAUUAAAAUGAAAUGUGCCUUUAACAAAUGUCAUUCUAAGUGUUUCGCAGUCAUUAAUAUCACAAAUUAAAGUUUUAA